CCCAAAGCCCGCAGCCGCCACCGGAGCCGCGCUCCCCGCAGCCCGCCGCGCCCGCCCGGCGGGGAGCGCCUCCCGCCCGGCCAUGGAGCGCUGCUGAGCGGCCCCCGGGCCAGCGGAGCGGAUCAUGAACCUGGUGGGGGGCUACCAGCAUCACCACCACCACCACCAUCACCACCACAUGCUGCACGACCCUUUCCUCUUCGGGCCGGCGGCGCGGUGCCACCAGGAGCGCGCCUACUUCCCCGGCUGGGUGCUGAACCCGGCCGAGGCCGCCCCCGAGCUCGCCGGGCAGAGCCCGAGCUACGGCCCCGCCGAGUACGGCCCGGCCGGCCCGGGGCGGCUGGAGGCGCUCAGCGGCCGCCUGGGACGGCGAAAAGGAGUCGGGGGACCCAAGAAGGAGCGGCGGAGGACGGAGAGCAUCAACAGCGCCUUCGCCGAGCUCCGCGAGUGCAUCCCCAACGUGCCCGCCGACACCAAGCUGUCCAAGAUCAAGACCCUGCGCCUGGCCACCAGCUACAUCGCCUACCUGAUGGAGGUGCUGGCCAAGGACAGCCAGCCCGGGGACACCGAGGGCUUCAAAGCCGAACUCAAGAAGGCGGACGGCAGGGAGAACAAGAGGAAAAGGGAGACGCAGCCCGAGGUCUAUUCGCAGCCUCUGGGUCACGGCGAGAAGAAGCUGAAGGGCCGGACGGGCUGGCCCCAGCAGGUCUGGGCUCUGGAACUGAACCCCUGAGAGCUGCCCCGCCCGCCCCUCCAUGUGCAAUGCCG